GGCGAUGCUCUCUCUUGAUUGGCUGCGGCCCCCUGUCAAUCACGCAGGGCUCCUUCCACUACCGCUCCUACAGUAAAUAUUUGUGUUUGCUCAACCGGCUGUAAUGGUGGACGACUGAGGCAGGGGAACGGAAUACAACCAGAGUGAAGAAAGAGAGGAAAAACGGUCGAAAGUCUGCUUCAGAGCCAGCCGCCGCGAGUAGGACACGGGCUUCGUCGAAAAUGGAUGAACUCAAACAUCAAGUCAUGAUUAACCAGUUCGUCCUGACGGCGGGUUGUGCGGCAGACCAGGCGAAGCAGCUUUUGCAAGCGGCACAUUGGCAGUUCGAGACUGCCCUCAGUGCCUUUUUUCAAGAAACAAAUAUUCCAUAUGGCCAUCAUCAUCAAAUGUCAUCAGAGCUUACACCUAUGUUCCAUGAUGGACGCCCAGGCCUUAAGCUCAGUCCAACCUGCUCUGUGUUUUGUGCAACCCCUCCCUGUCUACUCCCAGUUUUCUCCUCCACACACACCCUGCCCACACAAACACAGCAACCACACCACAUUCCUACAGGAUGCAACUCUCGCACCGAUCCAAAAUGGACCCUUUCACGGCAGAAGAUGUGCACCCCAGCCAACACACCAGCGACGCCCCCCAACUUCCCGGACGCGUUGACCAUGUUCUCGCGGCUGAAGGCGUCCGAGAGCUUCAACAGCAGCAGCGGCGGCAGCCCCAUGGCCGCCUCCAUGGCCACCUCACCCCCGCCCCCCCAGGUCGGCGGCUGGGGCGUCUCACCAAACGUACCUAAUGUGCCGCAACCUCCACAGGGACUCUGGACUCAGGGGCAGCCCCCCACGCAGCCCUGCCCCGCCUGGCCCACAGGGGUAAACCCGCACGCAGGCGCUGAGCAGAAGGCUAGUGUAGCGAUGGAGGCUGAGAGAUGAAUGGCCGCACGGGACUGAAAAAAAACCCCACCCCUCCUUGCACCCUGGGGAGGGAAGAAAACGGGAUAUGAAAGUGGGGGAGGGUGGGAAGGGUGGGAGGUGAUAAUGGGUAAAAAAAAAAAAUGGGUAUUGGUCUUUUUUUCCCAAAAGACGGAUGGAUAUGGAAAGAGAUGGAAACUACGCAAACCAAGAAAAACUCAACGUGGACAAUUUAAGAAGAGGAGAAAACCAAUGCAAAUGUCAAUACAAAAAUAUAAAAAAAAAAGAUACGCACACACAUAGUAAUAAGAGAGCAACUGAAAUCUUUGUUAGUUUUUUCCUAAGUAAAUGCAUAGAUAAGAGAAAUAUUAUUGAACUAAAAAAAAAAAAAAAAAAAACAGAAAUUUUAAAAAAAAUUGUCACGCCCAAGGAUUCUAUGUGAUGUUCAAGGACAUUCAAGGCAGCAAACUUAAUUUUCUGUUUUUUGUUUAGUUUUUUUUUUCUUUUGUUUUUUCAUCUUUUCAGCCAGUGUUUUUUUUAUCACUGGUGUUUCUGUGUUUCUGCAACUGUCUGUGCUGCAUGAGGAGAGAGAGGAACUUGCGAUGCAGUGUUUUAGAUUGACUCAAAAAUCAUCACGCACUUGAGUGUGAGUGUGUACGCAUGUGAGCGGGUGGUCAGGUUUGUAAUCAAAAAUGUAUACACACACACACACACAUAUAUAAAUAUAUAUUCUUACACACACACACACACACACGCACUCACACACACUAGCGUUUAGUGGAAACACCUCCAUACUGUCAUCCCCAUCGUCAAAGGUGGGACUUUUCUUACCUCACCUGGUGGUCACCUGACUUCUUUCAGCCAAUCAGGGAUUCUUCUUAAAACAACCAUUGCCGCCGCCGACACAGGACAUGUUUUUAAAGGUUUUUUCUUAAAAGGCAGCAGCCGCUCUGGUUUAUGCUAAAUGAUCCUCGCUGCAACAACUUUUUCCUGACACAGUUUUAAACCUGGACUCAGACUACAGCUGUCCACUGUAUACUUUUUCUCUGGAGAUUUGGGUUAUUACGAGAAAAAAGAGAAAUCGUGGUUUAAUGUAAUAUCGUUUAUAAUGCUAAUUGUUCUGUUUUUGUUGACAGGUUAAGGGAGGUGGCUUUGAACUUGGGUGGGACUUCAGGUUGAUUUUUAUUUUUGUUUUCCUGGAAAGAGUGAAUCAAACGCAGCUAAUAUGGCUCCAGAUUUAAAAGACAGAAAAAUGAAAAAUGAAAAAAAAAACAAAAAAACACGACUACUCCAUCUUUGUAAACAGAA